AGUAUUGCUGUAUUGUUAUAUUGUAUGAUGAUUCGAUCCCAAAUCUUGAGUGUCAUUUCUCUAAUGACUUUUAUCUGACUCUAUUCUACUAAGCAAGCAACUUAGAAUUGAAUAUUUCAUGUUUAUCAAGAAGUCAAAACUCAUGUGAUUAGCUAGCAAUCUCAGGACAAUUCCGCAAAUUUCUCCAAUGUCAGUCCCUAAUUAAACAGUAAGACUAAAGUAUUUUUUGAUGCUAGUUAAAGAAUCAACUAAGCAAACUUUAUUAACUAAUUUCAGUAAGAAAAAAUGAAAAUAGAUAAUCUCACUUUUGCGUGGUCUGACAAUAACAAUCCCACCUUUUGAUUAUUACGAGGCAAUCCCACCUUUGCAUGUCAUCUUCUUUUAUCAAACCUUUUUACCUAUAACCUGUUAAACAGAUUAAAAAAAAAUAUUUAAAGCCACAUGUCGCUCAAUAAUUGGUCAAAAUAAAAAAAGUUAAAAACAAAAAGAAGGAAAAAAAAUCAAAAAGAAAAAAACACACCACCUACCAGCCACCCCAACCACCGUGAAACCUUAACCCUAAUCCUAGCCCCACCAAAAACCGGCCGACCGCCACCCUAAACCCCCGAAAACGGCCGGCUGGAACCCCCUACCCAGAUCUCACCCCCGAAACUACCAUAGCCACCUCCGAAAUCACCCCCGACCCAAAUCUCACCCCGAAACCACCAUAACCACCACCGAAAUCACCCCUUAAACCAAAUUCCACCCCGAAACCUCUAUAACCACCACAAACAUCACCCUAAAAACCCCACUCAGCCGCCGAUAACCCACAUCGAAAACCUCCAUAACCACCACAACCAUCACGCUAAAAACUCCAUCAAACCUCUUUAACUACCCCAAAAAUCCCCAUCUCAGCCCCUAAAACCCCUCUUAAACACCCUAAAAACACAACCCUGGUGUCGGCCGGCCGUUUUCGGAGGUUAAGGAGGGCGGCCGGCCGGUUUUUUGGUGGUGGCUGGGGUAGGGGCUAGGGUUUCAUGAUGGGGGUUGGCGGCUGGGUUUUUUUUUUUUUUUUUUUGUAUUUUUCUUUUUUUUUUGCUUUUUUUAUUAUUAUAAAAAAUAAAAUGAACCUAUUAAAAUUUGACACGUGGCAUACAACCUACAAAAAUAGGUCACCAACAAGUCAAGGUUCAUUAAAAGUAUACCAAGGUGGAAAUGUCUCGUAAUUAUCAAAAGGUGGGAUUGUUAUUGUCAGAUUACGCAAAGGUGGGAUUAUUUAUUUCCAUUUUUCCUUUCAAUAAUUGAAGAAUCUAACACUAAUUUUCCUUUCCUCCCCUGUUCACUCCUCUGAAGACAUAACACUAUUGGCUUCCAUGUAAGAUUAUCUAAGCUAUAUAUUCUGUUAGUAUCAUGCUUGGCGAUUUUAAUGUAAUUUAUUACAUGCUAGAUAAUAUCUGAAAAAGGGAGGAAUAAUGGAGAAGGGAGAAAGGAUUCCACUUCUUACGCCAAAAGAGAAAGAUUUGCAAAAGGUGUUAUGCUUAACAAAGGAGUUUUGUUGGGAGUCAAAGAAGCUAUGGCAUAUUGCUGGUCCUGCCAUCUUCACUUGCAUUUGUUAGUACUCACUUGGUGCUCUUACUCAGACCUUUAGUGGCCGUGUAGGUGACCUCGAGCUAGCCGCUGUUGCCGUGGAGAACUCUGUUAUUGCUGGUCUUGGUUAUGGUGUUAUGCUUGGAAUGGGGAGUGCAUUAGAGACACUUUGUGGACAAGCACUUGGUGCAGGGAGGUUGACGAUGCUAGGGAUAUAAUGCAAAAGAUCAUGGAUUAUCUUGCUAAUCCCCGCGAUUUUUCUUAUACCACUUUAUGUUUAUAGUCCAUCGAUUCUUCAACUUUUUGGAGAGACUGAAGAAAUUUCGAUCUCUUGCUGCUGGAAAAUUUGCAUUGUGGAUGAUUCCUCAACUAUUUGCCUAUGCCAUGAAUUUCCCCAUACAAAAGUUCUUGCAAGCACAGGGUAAAGUGGGUGUAAUGGCUUGGAUAUCCGUCGUUGUUCUCCUGAUACACGGCGUAUUGAGCUGGCUGUUCAUACUCAAACUUGAGUGGGGCUUGGUUGGAGCUGCAAUCAUGCUCAACACCUCAUGGUGGCUUAUUGUCAUCGCGCAGAUCAUCUAUAUCUUUGUAACUAAAUCAGAUGGUGCUUGGGGUGGAUUUUCAUGGCUAGCAUUCGAGGACUUGUGGGAGUUUGUUAAGCUCUCCUUCGCUUCUGCUGUUAUGUUAUGCUUGGAAUUUUGGUACUUAAUGCUAAUCGUCGUGAUCACUGGUCGUCUUCCCAAUCCUUUGGUACCGAUUGAUGCCCUCGCGAUAUGCAUGAACUUAGACGGCUGGGAUACAAUGAUAGCAAUUGGUUUCAAUGCAGCUAUUAGUGUAAGGGUGUCAAAUGAACUCGGAGCUAGUAAUCAUAGACGAGCCAAGAUAUCGGUGUGGGUGGUAUCCGUAACUUCAGUGAAUGUAGGAUUGGUGGCCAUUGUACUCGUGCUUGCUACUAAGGAAUGGUUCCCAUUCCUUUUCACAGCAAGUCUACCAGUAGCUAAGGAAACAACUAGCCUCGCGCUAUUCUUGGCAAUAAAUUUCCUGCUCAAUAGCCUUCAACCAGUUUUAUCAGGCAAGUUCAUGAAACUUUUUUCUUUUUAGCAAGUCUACUAGCCUUGUGAUGUUGGUUGAUCCUGAUUUUUCUUCCAUCUUUGUUAAGGGGUUGCUAUUGGAGCCGGAUGGCAAGCACUUUUCGUGUACAUUAAUAUCGCGUGUUAUUAUGUGUUUGGGCUACCAGCAGACCUUAUUCUUGGAUUCAAAUUUGGCUUUGGAGUUAUGGUAAUCAUGCAUUAAAAAAACAUUGUAGUAGCAAAUUUAGCUCAAAUUUAGUAACCUUUGAUUUAUUUGUUUGCUAUAUCAAUUUUUGAAUGCAGGGUGUUUGGGGAGGGAUGCUUAGUGGUGUUUGUUUACAAACUAUUGCGCUGAUCAUAGUUACAAGCCUCACUAAUUGGAAGAAAGAAGUAGAUGAAGCGGAAAGCAGAGUCCGUAAAUGGGGAGGAACAACGGCAGAAUAUUAACUACAAACAAUGAUGGGUCAUUUGGUUGACAUAGAAAAUGAAAGUUUUGUUCGUAAGGAUUUCCAUUUUUCUAGAUAUGUGAAACUGUCUAUAAUGAAAAAUCAAGAAUUUGGAAUGUUAGACUUAGCUCUAGGAUAUUAGGUAGGUCCUAGUGAAACGUAGAACUAUACUUCUUCCGUGGUCAACCAAAGACAACAAAGAUGCAUACAGCAUACAGCAUACAGAAUUUACAAAUAUUUGUUACAGAGACUAUGAAAAGUCAAAUUGAGCAAUGACAAAGAGAAUAGCUGAAAAGGUAAGCGU